CCGACGAGCUCGAAGUUCCGCAGUGCCUCACGAUAGCCCGAACGAGUUAAUGGAGGACAACGAUGUGUUUCGAUAGGAUACGUGAUCGCGAAUUUAUGUUCGUCGCGUACGCGGAGUGAGUACGCGCAUCCUUGUCUCCUAUGUCCAUCAUCCAGGAGGAACGAUAAUUCUCGCAGAAACGUUGCAGACAUUCAACCAAAUGGGGAAAGUCAAGAAAAGACCAGAGUUGCUGCACCGCAGCAAGUCGCGUAAUAUACUGCGUAAUUUAAUGCUAAGAGAUUUUGGAUUUCACACAACGCAUAAGACCAGCACGCGUGAAUUGGAGCCGAUAGCUGAGGCCAACUUUGUGCUGAGGGACCACAAGGAAUUGAAAUGUGAAUUACCUGGUGUUCCUAGAGCCACUUUCCUAAUGGUUUUCAGUCCCGAUGGGACCAUGGUAGCUUCUACACAUGGGAAUCACAAUGUUUAUAUCACAGAAAUUACGACGGGAAAGAAUAUUAGAACCUUGUCCGGACAUCCACGUACUCCUUGGUGCAUAGCUUUUCACCCGUCCUCCAGUCAGAUCUUAGCAUCUGGCUGUCUAGGAGGUCAAGUUCGCGUGUGGGAUUUAAGUGGUGGUAGCGAAAUUUGGAAUGCCGAUAGCCAUACCGUUAUCGCUUCGCUCGCGUUUCAUCCCUUUGAAAGAUUGUUAGUUAUAGCCACAUAUAAUGAAAUUCAUUUCUGGGACUGGAGUAAGUCUCAACCUUUCGCCGUAACUGCUACAAAGACUGACAAGGAAAAAGUGAGAUAUGUAGCUUUUGACAGUUUAGGAAGAAAAUUAAUCACGGGCAUCGCGAAUACGCCGCAAGUACAAUCACAAUGGGAUCGGGCUCCCGUGGGACAGUUACUUAGAACUAGUUUGAUGAAUUUUAGAUAUCAGCCACGAGAAAAUUUCCCGGAUAUCGAACUUUCACCUUUUCACUUGUGGAAUCAUGGCUCUUUUUAUGGAAGAGGAUCGGCGGACGGUAAUACUGCAGAUAGAACUUCUCGUGCAUAUCUGUUUAUGCGCAGAGGCCACGAAAUGUCCAGUUUCUCGCGAUUCGCCAAUCAACAAUUUAGGAACAGUACUCGGCAAGAAGCGCGGUUUCAGCGACGACGAAAUUUAUCUGAAGAACUGAAUCAAACUAGAGAAGCUACAUCUCCAAGCAUUACGAGAAAUCCACCUCGUCCGACUGGUAAUCUAGGAAACACGGACAAUGUUGAUAAUAGAUCAGCGGAUGACAGUAACGAUGACGAUUUGCCGAGCUCGCUGAGGAGCCGCGAUCGAGAAUCUAGCACAAUAAAUGACUCUCAUCCCAGGGAUGAGUUGUAUGAACGAUUAAAUAACGUGUGGGUUGGCGUGGACGAAAGAUUACGCGGGAACAAUUCUCAAGAUCCGGAAAGGAGAAUAAAUUUAUGCUACAGAGAUCUCGUCGAUCAAUACGUGACGCUCGUAAGACGUUACUUUGACGUUUCCAGAAAUAGAGAUACGAUCGAUCGUGGCACUGACCCUAUGGAUAUGCCAGAAGCAUCGUCCUCUAAUUUCGAAGAAUCUAGUAGUAGAAACGAAUCAACAGCGACUGAAUUAUCUAUACGAAGAUUAAGGAAUGAAUUGAAUUCCAGCGCGCGAGCAAACAAUACGAAUCUGGAGAGGUUGCAACGAUGUCAACGAUUAUUGAUGGAACGUUCCGAGCAAGAAGAGAUCGGGACCACUCUUCAAAAUUUGAGAGAGGCUUUGAAUGCCGCCGCCGAAAAUAAUAGCUCGUGCUUGGUGCGAUUGCAGAAAUUGCGAGAGAGAUUGCAGCGGCAGACCACGACUUUAUUUGAGCAUUCUAACAAUCGUAACUCUCGCCUUCAGCUGCUUCGAAACGCUCUGAAUGAUGAGAUUGAAGCACUUAAUAAUAUGGAGGCACAGUUUACUAAUACAAGUUCUAGAAUCGAACGGUUGCGGGACGAAUUCACGAUGUACGGUAUUCUGCCACGUAAUCGGCAUAUCGCGACCGAUUCUUCGCAGAUGAAUUUUAGUAAUGCCGAAUGGAGAACUCUUACAUCAAAUGAUGGACAAAUGCCCAGCACUAGUUCUAUGCCAUCAAUGUUGUCUUCAAGAUUACGCGAUUUAGAAUCCAAUGUAUUCCCUAGUACAAGUUACGUCGAUGAGAAUGAAGAGCGUGGCACUUCAUGGGCCAAUGCCAACAAUACUGAAAACGCUAGUACUUCUUCAAGAAAUACUGGAAGAGCAACAAGAAGACGAUUCAAUGAUUUGAACACGGAGGAUGAACCGCCGAGGCAACGAAAGCGGAAAUUAGGUCCUAUUGAGUUUUCCGUACCGAUGCCGUUAUCUUACAUUGAAGAUAGCUCAUCUUCGAGCGACGAAGGCUAUUCGCGAGCAUCAACAUCCCGUAAUAGCGCAUCUAAUUUUACAGUUUCAACUCACUCAGCGUUUCAACCAAACGUACCCAAGUCCGUCGCGCAACGAGCAAGCAGCAGCUCACAAAAUCAAGAAAUGCCAACUAAUUCUCCCAGAUUGGAUGAAAUAGGUAGAAAUAACUUACCUGAUAAUUUAAAUAACGAAUCGAACGAAGAUAAUGGUCAAGGUAACAGGACAUCAAGGACUACGCGAAAUGCGCAAGAAACGAGAUCCCAAGAACUCAAUCGCAGGCAAGGAAAUUCACCCUUACUCAGGAGAGUGAUAGAUGUUCUGCAAAUUCUUCGAAAUUUGCACGCAGAUCGGAUGGAAAACAAUAAUACUACUCAACAAGUAUUAUUAGACGACUCGGAGAAUGGAUAUUGGUUGCUCGAAGAGAAUAGUAACUCUGAUUCAAAUUUGGACGACACAAGUUCCAAUACCAACUCGAGUUCUCGUCGAUGGACUAGUCGAUGGAUACGACUGGAUACUUCCAGUAGGAAUUCAGAAUACCCUAACGAUUCACCAAAUGAGCAAUCUCUAUCGAGACCUUUUUCGGAGGAUGUAGAUCAAAAUAUCAAUGAUAGACACAGAGAACAGAGGAACCAAUUAUCGCCCGUGUCUGCUAAUCCUACUCGUUACGAACGACCGCCAUUGUUCCCGUUUAGAAGUUUACGAGAAAACCAAUCCCAAAGAAUAGAACAAAAUCAAACGCACACUACCAGCAACUCUGACAGUACUCCGCUUCAAUCGCAGACGUCUGAUUCAAACUCAACGAAUACGACAUUAGCAGGAUUCGCGGAAUUGUCGAGAAUGGUUAAUGAUCCUGUUGCAACGAGAAUCGCCAGUGUAACUAACCGCGAGGACGGAUCGACACAGCAACAUCAACAACAACGACAACAACAACAACGACAACAACAACAACAGAAUCAGGACCAACGAAAUGCAGAUGAUCCGGAUCUUGACUACGUUAUAGAUCCGAUAAUGCUCGGUGCUGAUAAUAUAGAUCCAAGAGAGAGUUCAUUAGGAGUUCGGCAAGGAAUUCAAUUGCUCAGUCGUCAUAUCGAUAACAUGCAUCGUUUGUGCCGAGCACGUUUGGAAAUAGUUCAGCUGUGUCAAGUGCGCAAAAUGUGGGAAGAUCUGCAACGACAGAUACGAUCAUUACAUGUAACGGUUCGUGUAGAGAGGCAGAACGACGAUCAAACAGAGACACAACGAGACAACACUGCCAGCAAUCCCGGUCCAUCAACGUCGGCUGCGAGCUCGCCUAAUGAAUCGGCGAGAAAUUUCAAGAAAGCUCUUCUGGAAAACUAUCAGAGAGAAAGUAGCGAGGGCGAUCGUAAUACAAGAUCGUACGAUCAAAGUCAGCCGUCGACGUCGAGCGGAGUGACUGGUCUCGAAAGAAAUCACGAGGACGAGUCGACAUCUAGCACUCGUAAUAUUGAAGAAAGUACCAAUAUAAGUCUCUCGAACCUGUUGCCGAGCGAUGCCGAGCUACGGCGAAUGCAGUGUCUCAAACUGAACGAGAUGCUAGACGGCUUGUACGCGCGGCUGACCUCGCGCUGUCAGAAUUGUGAUUCACGUGUCACCGACACGCGGGCGAUGAACGAUCACACGUAUUCCAGUUUGACGACCGAUGACGAUGUGCAGUUGCCUAGUAUGUCCAGUGUCGUGUCAAAUAUCGGGGCUAACUCGAAUCUGCCAGCAGUUACCGCAAUAACCACAACCGAAUCGGAACCGUUACCGAGCAUCUCUAGUUUCGUCAACAGUCUCGAUCGUGCUGGUCCCAGCAGAUCGACCCAGUCAUCGGAUACGAAUAUUGAUUACUUCGCAACCGGUAACAAUAACGAUAAUAAUGUCGAUAAUAAUAUUAAUUCUGAUCCUCCUAUGGCAUAUCCAACAAAUCAACCUGGGACUUCAGCUCGUACCACGAUUUUUACAUCAUCACUUAAACAGUCUACCAUUGACAGACUUAAUAGACUGCGUGAUAGACAUGAAAGGAUAUCUUUUCGAAAUCAUUUAAAUAUGUCACUAAGAUAUAGAAUAAAUAGAUCUCUGAGGUCGCAUCGUUUUAUGCAACGCCUUAGGUCUCUGUCCGCCAAUAAUCCGUUUCGUCAUUGCGAGCAUAUUAGAAGACCAUGGUACUUACGCAGAAACGGUUCUCAGAAUAAUGGCAAUGGCAACAGUAAUAACGACGGUUUAGAUGUAGACAUAGAUAUUCGGGACAGAACGCGAGGUUCGAAUACGUCUGAAUAUCUGCAAAAGAUGAUCCUACGACUGGAGUUGCUGGUUCGACAGCAGAGGGCCUUGGCUCGAAACAGCAGCAGAAGGUUGAAUGGUAAUAAUCGCCAAUCUGAAACCAGCAGAGACAACGAUAAUCGGGAAAUGGAAGAGAUUCGUGAAGCUACAAGAUUGAGAGCUAGACAAGUUCUCGGUUUGAUGGUACGAUCUUUGAUCCAAUUCUUCGAAGUAACGAGAUCAGGAAACGGUUCCCAAAGCAAUGUUCUCUAUGAGCAAAUGUAUAAGCUGUAUGUAUUGUUACAUCUGGCACUUGAGCUGACAGAUUUAUUGCUGGCGCAACUAGUAAUAACAAGGCGAGAGUUGGAAUCUAGUCAAUAUGGACCUUUUCCUUCCGAUUUAUCAGUUAACAACCAAAACAGGGGCGACACGCGCAAUAGUAACAGUGUUGACAAUAGUCUGCAGACGGAAAGUCCGCGUCGUGCUAGCGAUAAUGUACCAAGACGAAACGCAGAUAGAGAAAGGUUACCGAGAAACCGCGCUGAAAUGCCAAGUGCGGAGGAGCUCCUUUCAGUACAUGGGAAUAAUAUACGUUACCGUGUUAUGGCGCGACGAUUAAAACGGCUAUCUUGCCAUCGACGAGCAAUUCAAAUAAUUAAUGGCUUUUCCGGAAAUCAAGCCAACAAUCCAGCAGCAGCUAGAUCUAGCGAUAACGGCGAUGAUAACAAUUAUGAUGAUAAUACGCAAAACGAAGAUAAUCGACAGUCAAAUUCUGAAAACGCUCUGUCGGCGGAAGUGCAGAGUAUUGUGGAAAGAAUCCAAAGCAGCAGUUCAAUCGACAACGAUGACCGUAGCGAGACCAGGGUAGGAGUUGAGAAUCGCACGAUGGACGCUGUAAAUGAGUCGCGAAAUUCAAAUGAGAGCUAUCGGCGGAGUUACAGAAACGCUACGGUAUCCGAGCCAGCGGUCAGACGCAUCAACGAGUCAAGGGAUCAGCAGGAGACCGACUCUACUACACAUUCCAACGAGAGCUGGAGAAAUUGCCUUGUUUAUACUUCAUCGGGAGAUGAACAAAGCGCCAGAUCAUCGCAUCAGCGACCUCGUUGGACUCGUCAAUACGCACGGGGUGCAUGCACGUCAUUGCUCGAGCGUCCUUUGCACUUACACAGAUAUGGUAACUCCGACUCGAAUAACAAUCGUAGAUACCCUCAAAGUAGAGAGGGCACGUCUCUCCGACGAGAAUUUAACGUUCCCGAGCUACAGGUAAACAACGUGCCCGUGAAUGACCUAGAUAAUCUGUCUAGUAAUCCACGAAGAAGGCAAAAUACGCCGCCGACUCCGCCGCAUACGCCUCCGCCGUAUUUGAUUAAUAAUAUUCUCCAUAAUACUGAUAACAGAAACAACGAUCGGACAAACGAGUCCACAGAUCAGCCAGGACCAAGUUGGGCUGGACAAACAAAUAAUAAUAGAACUCGGGUAUUGACUCCAACGUUCUUAACGUUGUGGCGGAAUCGGGUUGGUCCCACUUGGAUACCUCGUUACACUGAAUUCGUAAAUAAUUCAGGAUUAGUGCAUAAUGUACGAAUUGGAAGUGCUGCUAAUUCCGGUAAUGGUGGUAGUGGUGGUGAUGAUGGUGGAGGAGGAGGAGGAAGAAGUGGAGGAAGAGGAGCAGGAGCAGGAGCAGGAGCAGGAGGUGGAGGCGGAGGCGGAGGUGAAGGAGGAGGAGGAGGAGGAGGAGGAGGAGGAGCAGGAGGAGGAGGUGGAGGACAGGAUCCAGGAAAUGAUGAAAACGAUUACUAUUGGGACUUUGAACAUAUACCUAUGGGUAUACCAUUCAACCCAGCGUUCGAAAUUCAGACUUAUCGUGUACAAGCAUGGGACUUCUCCAAUGGUGACAUACCUGAUAUUACAGACUCUGAGAAAAACGUUGUGGUGCGCGAAUGUAAGAUUCAUAACGAUGCUAGUAUUGAUAUAUCCACAGACGGAAAAUUACUAGCGACGCUUUUACAAUCGGGUCGUAUUAAUGUUACGACCACGUUAGGUAUUUACAGCCUACAGUGGGAAACGCUAGGAGAAAAGAUUCAUUCGACCAAUAUCGAUCAAACGGUAGUGUCUGUCUCGAUAUCGCCCACACAACAACAUCUCUUGGUAGGUUUGGCACGCAGGAUUCAUGUACCUGCCAGGCCUUUUCCAAUGGCUCUGAUUUACAAGCUGAUGGAGAAGCAGUCAGACGACGAGAAGAAUGUUUCGUCGACAGAUCCGACCAUGGAAUUGUACGAUUCCUUCGACGAGAUGCUCGAUGAUAACGUUUCUACGAGUAGUAUUCCGAGACGAAAUAAUGUGACAGCCAACACUUCUAGACCACACAUCCAAAACUGGCGGAUUCGGGAGAGAAACGAGUUUGAUAUGGAUAUCAAACGUCACAGAGAAAGUAUGGUGCUUAUCCGGGAGUUGUUUCAAAACUGCCGGGAGGUCUCCAGUUACCUCAGUCUAAAUUGCAUUAGAUGGGCGCCGCAGCCGGGCCAAGGGAUGGUUUACGCAACAAACACUGGACAAUUAAAUAUCUUGCAGUGAUUCUACGCCCGUAGUAGACGAAGAUGGAAGUAAACGUUUUCUUCGUAUUAUAAUGCUUACAAUGAAUGUGUCAUACACGUAAGAUGUAAUACAGUAUCGCGGUUCGCCCCCUAAAUAAAUUUCUUUUUGAUAGAUUGUAAGGAAGAAUAUGCCAACAUACGCCGUGCGGUAAUAAGUUUUUAUCGCAAUUGAUUAUCAAUCUCGGCAGAGUGUAUGACAGUGAUAAAUAGCAUGAGACUGCUACGGACUAAAUUUGUAUUUUUAUUCUUUUCAAUAUUGUGCUAUCAUUUUUUUAUGUUUCGCAAAGAAGCGUAAAAUGAAUUC